CUACCUCUUCUAUAAAAGCGUAGCCCUCGUAAUAUCAAUCACCCUCUCUCUCUCUCUCUCUCUCUCAAUCUGCAAAGAUCCGUGAAUGGAGUCGACGAAACGCGAAUUACCGAGACCUGACUCAUCAGACGAACCUGUUGUAGCCAAGAAGGCAAAGUUGGUUGAAGCAGAGUCCUCCGACCCACCCAAACCCCAUCAACGAGUGCUACUCAACCCUGCCGAUUGCGAUUUAGAUUUCAAUAUUGAAGGCAAUGGUCUGCAAGGUUCUGCGCUUCAUGAAAAGGGAUUUGCGUAUUGCUGGUCUGGUGCUCGUGCCAAUGUAGGAAUUACUGGGGGCAUGUAUUGUUUUGGUUGCAAAAUCAUUUCAGCUCAGCCAGUUGAUAUGGAAGAUACGCCCGUUGAUCAGCAGCAUGUGUGCCGCCUAGGCAUCUCAAGAGGUGAUGAUAAUGUUGGAAACCUUGGGGAGACUGAGCACAGCUUUGGGUUUGGAGGCACUGGAAAAUUUUCCAAUGCACGAAAGUUCCCAGAUUAUGGUGAAAAAUUUGGGGUUGGUGAUACAAUUGUUUGUGCCGUUAAUCUAGAAAACAAGCCGUGGGCUUUCAUAAGUUUCUCAAAAAAUGGGAAGUGGUUGGGUAUUGCAAAGCAUUUUGAUGCUGGUUCGAAUGGGCUUGGAGUGGUGGAUUCUCCUAUUAGAAAGCUACAGUGGGAAUCAGCACGCUUUCCCCAUCCAUGUUUUAUUGAAAAAUGUUGUAGUAGCGUUGCAGUUCAGUCCUGAAGAUGGACUUGUUCCUGAAGAUGGCUACAAACCUUGGGCUUAUGCUCUCAUGGAUGGAAAUGCAAUUAUGGGACCCACUUUUCCUAACCUAAGGGAUUGUGAAGUGAUGAUGAUGGUGGGUUUACCUGCCUCUGGCAAGUCUACUUGGGCUGAGAAGUGGGUAAAGGAGCACCCUGAAAAGAGAUAUAUUUUGCUUGGAACAAACCUAGCUCUGGACCAAAUGAAGGUGCCUGGACUGCUGCGCAAGAGUAAUUAUGGUGAAAGAUUUGAUCGACUGAUGGACCGUGCAACUGGGAUAUUUAAUACCCUACUAACAAGGGCUGCUAAGACUCCGCGUAAUUACAUUCUUGAUCAAACAAAUGUGUACAAGAGUGCUCGAAAACGUAAACUGAAGCCAUUUGCAGACUAUCAAAAGAUUGCUGUCGUGGUUUUCCCAAAACCAGAAGAGCUCAAGUCUCGUGCUGAUAAAAGAUACAAAGAAAUGGGAAAGGAGGUUCCAGCUGAUGCAGUGAAUGAAAUGUUAGCCAAUUAUGCUUUGCCUAUGAGCAAGGACAUGCCUAGAGCAGAUGAGUAUUUUGAUCAGGUCAUCUUUACUGAACUUGGCAGAGGAGAGUCACAGAGAUAUUUGGACGAGAUGAAGUGUGCCCUAGCAUCUAAUGCAAAUGUGAACCCAAAGAGUGUUUCACCUUAUUCUCAAGAAAGUUCUCUCCAGUCAUAUAACAGCUCUCAAGUGCAAAAUCAAGAAACUGUUUCAGGAUAUUUCCCUCGUGGCUCAGUCGGCAGCGGACACUGGGAAAGUUCUUAUCCACCUCAGCCUCAAUUGAAUUAUCAUUACCAAAUGCCUGGUCAAGUGAACUCUGCAAAUCCUGGAAGAAUGGAUUCAUUUCCUGUAGCUCAUCAAGGCAAGCAAACUCCCCCUGUGCUGAAUGAUCCAUAUGGGAGUUAUGGUGGUGGGUUUGAUCACUCAAGGAGAAAUGACAUUGAAAGCAGAAUUGUCAAUCCUGGUCGUGCUACUGACCCUCACCGAACUUAUAGUGUGGGUGGACCCUACAGCCAUCCAAAUGUUGAAUGCAUGAAUUUCAUGUCUGGUGGUGCAACUGGCCCUUACCAAAGUGGCGUGUUUGAACCCUAUGCGAUGCCUUACAGCACUUACGGUGAACAUGCUGGUUUCCCAGGGCCAGAAGGUUCCCACGUUGAUCUGCAAGCUUCAAGACAAUCGACAUUUCAGCCCAGUCCUUUCACCACAUAUGGUUCACCUUAUGGAAGUCCAGUCCCAAGGCCUCCAUAUGGAAAUCUUCCUGUUGAUAUGCCACCUCCUGGAGGAUAUGUCCCACCUCGUUCAGGGUACUACUGAUGUGGAAUCACAGGCGAGUAUGAAGUUUGUAAAGCUGAAGUUCAGUGAUGAUGUGAUGAAUGACAAAGAAGCCUAUAGGUCUGUAAAAAAUUAAAAAAAAAAAUAUAAGAAAUGAAACUCUUGAAAGGCCCUGUGAUUAUUUUGUAGAUAUCAGCUGACUCAGAAGGCACAUGACAAUGGCUAAUGAAAAUCCCUGAUUCUUUCUUCACCGUACAAGUUCUUCUGUGAAUAUGUGGCAAAUUAUGGAACAUGAAUGAUUCACUUCAAUUCUUGGAAAGGGUUUGUGAUUGUUUUCCAGUUACUGAAGACCAGAGGGCAAUGGUAGAUAAUGAAAUAUAUAGUAGUAGGUAGUGGCAUUUUGUUGCAUUAUGUUUUGUGUGUUUAAUGUGCAGCUAAUAAAAUGACUAGUCUGUUUUGUUU